ACAGACAGACAGACAGACAGACAGACAGACAGACACAGAGACAGAAAGGAGGUUCAGGGAGAAACAGGAACAGAAAGAGAAACAACAUUAGACAAACACAGAUGCAGGGAAAUGCAAGGAGACUAAAUUAGUGACGAUGUGAUCAACAAAUGCAAAAAGGAUAUGAUGAAAGACACAUUAUCACAAUGAAGUCCUUUUACCUUCUGGUUGCUGCCAGCAGAAAGGAACGGUUUGGUCUCGCUGGUAGGGGAGUCCAAAAUAUCCAGAAUGCUGUGUUCUAAAGGUUCUGGUCUGCUGCAACAGGUGGAAUGACAAAGCAAAGCAAUGCAACCCAUCACUUUUCCUAUUCGUCAACUGCAAGUGUAUCAAGCUUUAAAUCCAGUGUCAAAUGACCAGCGAGAAAUAAACUACAUCUAAUGUGGAUAAAGCAGAAUGUUGGGGGAAUGCGGUAUGCUGGAACGAGACAGAAGGGGGCUUCGGAAAUACGCUGUGACUCUCUGCAAAGAGAUGGUGGUGGACGAGCUGUUCAUUCAGUCGCUGCAGACAGACGACAUUCUCACCGACAGCAUGGCAGAAAGCAUCCUGGCGGAGCUGACCUCCCACAAGCGGAGCUGGCGUCUGCUGUCCCUGCUCCCCAAGCGUGGUCCCAGAGCCUUCAGCAGCUUCUGCUCAGCACUGAGAGACACAGAGCAGCAGCACCUAUGUGCCCUGCUCACAGAGUCACCAGAGAGGGACGGAGAGAGACAGAGAUAUGUGGACUCUCCCCUCCCACUUCCCACCCAGGAGGGGAUUGUUCCAACCAAGAGAGCCAGAACACAAGAGUCAAUGGAGAUGUGUCUGGAUGCAGACAGUCCCAUCACCAGCUCUGUUCUUCCCUGUACACCAGACUUCUACCUAAAACACUGCCAACAGAAACAUGGCUCACUGGAGAGACGCUAUCGGAGGCGGUGCAGCCAGCGGGUUUCUCCACGCAUCGCGCCGACAGAAACAAACAUCUUUCUGUCCUAUAGUAUGGUGUCCAGUCCUCGUGGCCUGGCCUUGGUGAUCAGUAAUGUCUCCUUUGACUCCUGUGCUGCUCCUGACCUGGACUCCAGGAAGGGAGGGGAGGUGGACGAGGAGGUCCUCAGGAAGGUGUUCACUGAGCUGGACUACAUAGUCACCGUCCGGAGAGACCUCACAGCUCAGGGCAUGCGGGAGUGCAUUGAGCAGUUUGGCAGACGGCAGCAGCACCAGACCGUAUCCAGCUGUGUGGUGUGUCUGCUGUCCCAUGGAGUAGAGGGGGCUAUCUACGGCACAGACGGACAGCUGCUGGAGUUGGACUGGGUGUUUGAGGCAUUUGACAACGCCCACUGUCCUCUACUGCAGAAUAAACCCAAGAUGUUCUUCAUCCAGGCCUGCAGAGGAGAGGAGAUGGACUGUGGGGUGGAGCAGCCAGACGGGCCAGAGAGGACCCAGUCUCCUGGCUGUGAACAGAGGGAUGCAGGGAGGGAGGGAGAGGGGGAUGGAGACACCAGGCAGAUGGAGGAGCGAGGCAGGCUCAGAGUCAAACUGCCCCAGCGCUCUGACAUGAUCUGUGGCUUCGCCUCCCUCAAAGGCACUGCAGCCAUGAGGAACACCAAGAGAGGAUCCUGGUUCAUCCAAGAGGUCAAUUCAGCACUCCGCUUCAGAGCCAGAGACACACACCUAUCAGACAUACUGGUGCAGGUGAAUGGUCGUAUUAAAGACAGAGAAGGCUAUGCUCCUGGCACCCCCCACCAUCGCUGUAAGGAGAUGUCUGAAUUCACCAGCUCCCUCUGCAAAGACCUCUACCUGUUCCCCAAGUACCACCCUCAGUACUGACACGCACACAUUUCUGCACCCCACAGCACCGCACCCACUACUGACACACACAAUCAUAGAGGAUUAAUUCAUUCACAUUUGCUGUGCAAAUUCCCUCUCACAGACAACUUGGAAAGGAAAAUUGAACGAGUUGUUGUAAAUCUAUGUGCUUGGUAAUGGGCAUGAAGUAUACAUGACUGGUAUGAAGCUGAUGUGUGUACCUACCUAUCAGCUAGGCUUGCUAUAUGUGUAUCUGUGCCAGUUAGAAAUGGGAUUGAAAUGUUUGAGGAAAAUAUUUUAGCUUGCUAACACACCAGAAUAUAUUUAAAUGUAUCGCUUUUAAUUUCUUACUAAACAGUAACUUUUGGGUUUCAAGAUUAUUCUUUUUUUUUAAACAUGUAUUUUGUAUGCAGAUCUAUUUUUAUCCAUUUAUUUUGUAUCAAAUCGUUUUGAAGCUCUUUUUUUGUAAGAAUUGUAAAGCCCUUGUCUCCUUUUUGUAUUACAUUUUUUUUAUUAUAACAUUAUAAGCAUUAUAAUAGGAAAUCCCCCCUGACCAAAUGAAGGUGUCCAUCUGAUGGGCAGACAGGUGGUGGUGUAGUAGAGUUCUAGGCUGAGGAUGCAGCAUGGAGGGAGCUGCAUUUCAAUACUCUCCUAGUAAUCUGAGUCUUCCACUGAAGGAUACUGGGACAAGUAGAUGUGAUAUUGGGAGUUUCAGGGUUUGUUAGCAAUGAUUUGAUAUGUUAUUGAGGCAACAAGUGUACUGCAUUCCAUUUGAAUAGAAUGGAGUCAUGACCAUUUCUCUCACAAACAACUGUCCUCCCCCUCCCCUCUCUCUACCUCCAUGAGGGGGUUACGGUCUAAGGCACUGCAUUUCAGUGCAAGAGGCGUCACUACAGUCCCUGGUUCGAAUCCAGGCUGUAUCCCAUCUGGACGUGAUUGGGAGUCCCAUAGGGCAGUGCACAUUUGGCUCAGCGUCAUUCGGUUUUGGCCGGGGUAGACCGUCAUUGUAAAUAAGAAUUUGUUCUUAACUGACUUGCCUAGAUAAAUAAAGGUUAAAUAAAAAAUGUAGACAAGUUAAUGCACGUAGGUUAAUUAAUGUUAUAACUACAUUGGUAACCAGACUGUUAUUACUUAGAUGUGAUGAAAGAUGUCAACAUUUUAUUUAAAUGAAUUACAUUUAUAUGUUACACCAAUGAAUUAAAUUAGAAUUCUAUGUAACUGCUUGUUAUCUCUGGUCAACUUGAGACCUAAGUUACCUACUGUCAAUGUUUCCUUCACCAUUAAGAUUUCAGUUCACAGGAUGGUUGUUUUAAAGAUGUAUGGAUUGAUUUUAAAGCAGCUACAGUAUUUUCCUUUUCAAUUUGAUAUGCAAUAUUCCAUAGCAAUGUGUGCCAUGUGAAAGCUGUGGUAUUGUCUUUAAAAUACUUGGUUUAUCAUUUACAUAGGACGAUGCAUCACAUUCAAGUGUAUGAGCAGCAAUAUUGAUGUUUGGUUCUAACAGUGUUGUAGGGAGGAGUGAUAUGACAGGAACAGUAUGAAUUGAGCUGUUGACCAACCAAUCACAGAGGCAGCACGUAGUGCUCAUGUUAAACAUUUUAAAAAAUCCAUAGAGAUCCUGUUAAAUUAGUAUUCUAAUUCUAUGGACAGUUCACCCCAAAUUCUAAAUGCCCGAUGUUUGUUAGAUGCUUUCCAUUCGGUUUGAAGCCUCUAGUUCGGUUUAAACUAACUUAAUGUGUACAAUAUAGCAUCUACACAACUGGUGUCGUGACAGUCAUAUUUUUUGUUAUUGUACAUUUUCAGAAAGAUUUUGUGGCUUAUCCCUUGAAAGUAGGUUAUCCCUUGAAAGUGAAGUACUGAGGUCUGGGGUUCAUUGCCAUAAGCUAAGGAGCUGCUGGGGAUGGGGGGAGGAGAUGACUGUAUUUAUGUCUAAAACAAAGACUGCCAAAUGUUCAGGAAAAUAAACAACCUUUUGUUUUUUCUAUGAA